CCUAUUACUACGAAGGUUUUAUGAAAGCACCGCUGGAAUAUCACGUGAUCAAAAAAUGGUAGCAAACCAAGAUUGGGAAAAAUGUCAUGUUAAACUAGCAUUUCUGCCUCAAGGACAACAUAGCAAACUUUAAUGGUCAUAUAUUUUGGAAAUUUAGAUAUUGAAUAGUAGAGAAAACAGACAGACAAUGUUGCUUGGUAAGAAAGGACUGUCCAAGAGGGAGCAGGAGGAAUUAAGACGGAAGCAAGACCAGGUGGCAGCUGCAGCAGUAUAUGAAGAUUUUGUAGCAUCAUUUCAAGAGAGCAGUAAGCAAGGCAAAACAUGGGUGAAAGGAGAAACUGUGAACUCUGACAAACCAGGAAAAGCUGACAAAGGCCGGCUUUACAAACCAACAUCAAAACUUGCUGAGUUAGCUUCAACGUUUCAUUCAACAAAAUCAGUUAAAGAUGAAGAAAGGCCGGAUAAACCUGGGAAAGCUAGUGCAUUAAAGAAGAAAGCAGAUGACAAGAAAAAGAGUAACCUGGAAAUGUUUAAAGAAGAAUUAAAAAGAAUACAAGAAGAGAGAGAGGAGCGUCACAAGUUGAAACGUGUAAUAAGAGGUCAAGGUGACCCAGGUGGUGGUAUUGCUCAGUUCCCCGAGGAAGAGAGAAAAACAAGAUUUGAACCCGAGGCGGAUCUUAUGCCCUCGUCACAAGGUCUAGGCAUGUAUGAUCUAACAACUGAUGAAACUUCUACAAAUAUUUAUAUUUCCAGUAUUAACCCAAAGAUGACUGAGAAGCAAUUGAUGGAAUUGUUUGGGAGAUUCGGUCCGCUAGCAAGUGUUAAAAUAAUGUGGCCUCGGACAGAUGAAGAAAAAUCUCGAGGAAGAAAUUGCGGUUUUGUAGCGUUUAUGAAUAGAAAGGAUGGGGAAAGGGCAUUAAAACAUCUGAAAGGUAGAGAAAUCGGUGGUUUUGAGAUGAAGUUAGGUUGGGGCAAGCCGGUACCGAUUCCACCACAUCCCAUAUACAUCCCGCCCGCGCUAGCCGAACUUACACAACCUCCGCCACCAUCAGGUCUUCCAUUUAAUGCACAGCCUAAACUGAGUCGACGCGAUGGUCGAGGGUUCAACAAUAUGCCGAUGCCAAAGAAUAGAGCCGAGAUGGAAAAGACCUUAACGAAAGCCGUCGUGAAAGUGGUUAUUCCUACAGAAAGGAACCUGCUGUGCGUGAUACACAGAAUGGUUGAAUUCGUCGUCAGAGAGGGACCGAUGUUCGAGGCAAUGAUAAUGAAUAGGGAAAUUAGUAAUCCAUUGUUCAAGUUUCUGUUUGACAACCAGAGUCCAGCACAUGUCUACUAUAGAUGGAAACUAUUCUCUAUCCUUAAUGGAGAUCAACCAUACAAAUGGAGGCUCGAGGAAUUCAGAAUGUUUAGAGGAGGCUCAUACUGGAAACCUCCACCCAUGAAUCCAUAUACCCAGGGCAUGCCAGAGGAACUAGUAGAGCCAGGUGACCUUGACAUCAUACCAGAGGUCAAAGAAAAAGAAGAAUUUGAACAACCGCAAUUAAAGAAAGGAAAACUUACUGAUAGUCAAAGAGACAGAUUAGAAGAUAUGUUACGAGAAUUGACGCCGGAGCGACAGAAAGUAGGGGACGGUAUGGUCUGGUGUCUAGAUCAUGCUGACUCGGCUGAGGAGGUCGUUGAAUGUAUCACAGAGUCGUUGUCUAUCUUACAAACACCUAUACCUAAAAAGAUUGCACGAUUAUUUUUGGUUUCUGAUAUUCUGUUUAACAGUAGUGCCAAAGUUCCUAAUGCCUCAUUUUUCAGAAAGCAAUUUCAAAGAAAACUGCCGGAAAUUUUUCAAGAUGUACAUGAAACAUAUGAAAAUAUUGAUGGUCGGUUAAAAGCAGAACAGUUUAAGCAAAAGGUGAUGCUAUGUUUUAGAGCUUGGGAGGACUGGGCAAUAUAUCCAAAUGAAUACCUGAUCAACUUACAAAAUAUAUUCCUUGGUCUUGUUCCAAAAGAGUCUGUAGACGUAAAAGAAACCAGUGCGAUACCAUCUAGAUCGAAACGUUCAAAAACAAGUGCUCCUAAUCAAAUGAAUGAUUUGUAUAGGUCGUACCUUGACCUUGUGGGCGUGUCUUCACCUAAGGUUGAAGUGAAACACGAUCUGGACGGAAUCCCUCUAGCUGACCCGGACGUCGACGGGCUGCCGUUUGAAGAACCUGCCAUAAUAAAGAGAGCGAGAGAUGAUGAUUUUGACGGUGCCCCUAUACAAGAUGAUUUAGAUGGUGCACCUUCCCUAGCAAAAACCCAGCAAAAAACCGGGAAAGCCAAAUCCUCGCCACAAAGUUUACAAAAAUCUAAACGGUCAGGAGAUGUCAGACUGAUGAUUUAUCAAGAUGAUAGAUCGCCGCAGGACUCGUACGGUACACCUAGACAACAUCAUCAGGUGGAGAUGACUGAAGAGAGACGGAGAAAGUUACGCGAAAUAGAGGUUAAAGUCAUGAAAUAUCAAGAUGAACUUGAGGCAGGGAAAAGAAGUCGUAAACCUGGAAUGUCAAUGUCUCAACAAAUAGAACAUCAUAGGAAAAAAUUACUAGCUAAGGUAGGUAACUCUUUGAUUAUAAAUUUGACAAGGCCAUUAUCGGAGCAGAAGCUACGUAAACGUCACAGAUCAGGAUCUCCACGUUACGAUGAUAAACAUCAUUAUGAUGAUAGUCCAAAAAGAAAGAGAAAUAAAAGUCCUAAAAGGUCACGUAGAUCAAGAUCAAGGUCAAGAUCUCAGCAUAGAAGGUCAAGGUCACGAAGUUCAGGGAGACAGCGGCGAAAAUCAAAGAAAAGCAAACAUAGGGACUAAUUAAAUUGCAAUCAUUAUAUAAUCACUGUUAACAUUAAAUAAAACAUUUGUAAAUAGUUUCUUGUCAUCAACUUGAAGGUGGAAAUUUUGUAAAUUUCUUUGUAUGAUAUAUAAUGAAUUGGACUGUAAGUCAACACUGAUUAGAUGUGAUGUUUUUUGAGAUUUUUUUUCAUAAAUCUAAACAGUACUUGAGUGUUGACCUUGAUAUUAGAUUACUGCAAACUUAAAGAUUGAAUGAAGCUGAAAAACACUGUCCAUUUUUCAGUAAAAUCCUAAACAAGUUAUGAUUAGAGUUGUUCAGAAUUUAGAAAAAAAAAACCUCCCUUUAUAACAGUAAGUUAUUAUUACCCUUUAACUUAAUACAACUGGUCACAGAUUAACAGACAUGAUGAUAUUUCUGAUAGUGACCAUACAAUAUUUAUUAUAUGAUAAAAUAAAACAAUACUUACUAGAUCACAUCUUAUGGCAUUGAAUUUCAUGUUUAUUUCUGUGUAUAUUCAUGAAAAUGUGAAUUAAAACAGUAAAUAUACAACUA